UAUUAUUGUGCUGUCAAACUACAGUGAUGUCGCUGUUGUUUGGUACUAACGAUCAUUUAUAUUCACUUUCAUCCCGGACCACAUUCUCUGCAGAACAGUGUACAAUGGCUCUCAUGUGUUGUAUCCCCAUUUGUCGAAACGCCAAAUCCGGUGUUGAUCGAAGCGUUGGCUUUCAUCCAUUUCCGCCGGAUUUAAAGUUGCGAAAAGUUUGGAUGGAAUUUGUUGGCGUUGACGUCUCCAAGUUUCGCUGGCGAGGAAAGUAUAUCUGCUCGGAGCACUUCCUGCACUCGGAGCUGAUCGAGGAAAAUGGAGCGACGAAACUAUUAGAGGGAGCUGUUCCAAUGGUAUUCGUCCCCGAUGGAGACGAUGAUGAUGAAUUUUUUGAACGUGAAGAUGUUAUGAUCUCUAAUGAUUCAAUUCAGCAUGACGUUCCAAGUGGUACGGUGGAACAAGAGGAGGAAUUACGAUCGUUGUUCUGUCGUAUUUGCCUCAGGAAGCGGUCCGACUUACUGCCGUUCAGCUCCAAACUACACAAUGCUACGCUAACUGAUAUUAUCUACACUAUCGCUGGUCUUAAAAUCAACACGGAUGUACUAGUUCCCACAAAAAUCUGUACUAGCUGUGUUGCUAAGCUUGAUCUGGCAUUUAAUGUAAGAAUUGAGCUGAUACACAACAACAAGAAACUGAAAAGUCUACUCAGAAAACAGCAGUUGGUUUAUCAUUACAAGUUCUAUGAUAAAAAUCGUUUCGAAACAAAAAGCGCGAAUGAAGAUUAUCUAGAUAACUUGAUGACGACAGUGAAGAAUGAAAUGUCGAUUUCGCCAAUAAAUGUUCAAGUCGUGAAUCCUGUGCUCGGAAAACAAGUCAACAUGGUUUGUUUUACAGAUAUAAAAAAGGAAAAGGGAGCCUCGAUGGAGGUGGGUACCCAACCAGUAGCUAAUGAAGAGACCAUUGAGGAGGAAUCUUUGUAUGACGAAAAUAUUCUGGUUGAAACUGCAUCAGACACAAUGUCUGAAAAAGAAACGGCUGGAGAACCUAUUCAGGAACCGCAGAUAAAAAAGCAAGAACCCUUCGCUGAGCACGAAAAUUCAGCUAAUCGCUUGAAACAGCAAAUUUCCGACUCGGAUAAUGAGAGUGAGCCCAACAAAAAACAGUUUGUCUUUUCUUGGAAAGAAUUAUAUACACCGAAGAGUGCACCUAAGCCGAAACGUAGCUAUGAAUUUAAACCAAAACCAGUGCUUGUUCCUCAUACAUGCUACAUAUGUAAAAUAUCCCACAAAGAUGCCGAUGAGUUGGAUACGCACAUGGAGAAACACAUUGGUCUUCUGCCAUUUACAUGCACGGAAUGCAAUACGGAUGAAUAUCCUCAGGUGUUUAAAUCGCUCUAUGGUGUCAACAAGCACCUUCAGUCGCAUCUUUAUCCUUACAAGUGUGACUAUUGCCCCGGUCGGUUCUCAAACGGUUAUUACUAUAUGAAGCACGUUAACACUCACGAAGGUGCCGUAGGCGAUGGCUUUACGUGUGACUCAUGUGGGAAGCAUUUUACUCAGAAACGGCCUUUUGCAAUUCAUUUGGCCAAGCAUCGUGCCAUGGCGGAGGGUACCUUUACCUGUGAAUACUGCGGCAAAAUGUUCAAUAGUAAACCAUUGCUUAAACGGCAUCUUCGCAUUCAUACAGGUGAGAAGCCGUACGAGUGUAAAAAAUGUGGCAGACGGUUCAACCACGAAGCAAACUUUCAGAACCAUAAGCGUACACAUACCGGAGAGCGGGCUCAUCGUUGCACUGAGUGUGAUAAAAGGUUUGUCUGCGGAACGGCGCUUCGCUAUCAUAUGGCUGUUCACUUCCCGGACGAUCCGCGAUUCAGGAUUCAGCCAACAGGUCAGCGCCCACGCUAUUCCGAGACCGAAUUUACGCUACGUUCAUCAACUGACGUUAACCGUCUCAAAGAGUAUGUAUGCGAUGUUGCGGGUUGUGGCUAUGUGACCAACUUGUACCGGGCCUACUUCUACCAUAAGAACGCACAUCGGAAAAAAUUUCAAUGCGAAAUUUGCGAGAAGCGAUUCCCAUUUAGAUCGGGUCUCAAUAAACACAUCAUGGUAGCGCACGAGAACAAACAAAUUCCUAAAAACAAACCCUGUCCGUACUGUCCGAAAAUGUUCAGCUGUCGACAGAAACUCAACAUUCAUAUCGAUGUGCACGAGAAUAACCGAAAAUACAAGUGUAGGUUUUGCGACAAGCGCUUUGUACAGAAGACAAACUGCAUUUCACACGAAAAAAUCCAUACCGGUGAGCGGCCUCAUGCGUGCCGAUUCUGUCCAGCUGCGUUUAUUUCGUCUUCGGGUAGGAAAAAGCACGAGAAAACCCACCCGGAAGCACAAGUUAAGGUAGAAGUUGAUACCAUUCAAAACGAGCUGCAAGAGGGCAACUCCGCAGUGGAAGUCCAAACUGUAGAUUAUUACGUUGAGAUACCGCAGGAUGAGGAGGCGGAAGAUCUGGUGGAGUAUGCUCCCUUGUAAAGGUGAUAAGGUUCGUUCGAAGGUAAUAUUAUUAAUGUCGAUUCUAAGUUUUACAUGUACUAGUCUAUUGAAAAAAGCUGAAGGUAAUACUACCUUAACAGGCGAAGUGAUUUUAUUUACUUGAAACUUGUUCUACAUCUUAUUACCGGCUAUGCUUAGUUUCUUAGAAUAUUACAAUAAUAAUUAUAAUCUAGUGGAAGUUGUAA